AUGACCGAACCUAAUUGCCAAAAUGUCCCUAAUGGGGGCCUGGGUGAUAUAUGCCUACCUUCCACAACGAGGAGAUAUCAAUAUCAAGGAAAGAAUCACUAUGACCAACUCCUCCUACAUCUUCAAAUCCAAUUUAUCGACAAUCCUACUCUCGAUAACGAAUACGUUGUUUUUGAUAUCGACAGUGCCACUUUCCAGCGGGACUUCGACCUCGACCUCGACCCAGAAGAAGGUCUUAUCAAGUCUGUCCGUAUAUCAUUCGAAAAAGAAAAAAACACUUUGAUCGCCAAACUGGUGACACCAGCGCAUACCAACGCGGGUGUUGCUCUACGCGACGCUGUUGUGGAUGCUUUACGCCCUAUGAAGCUAGAGAAAGCAUUAAUGAGCGCGGCAGAAGUUCCACACACACAUCCCCAAGGAGUGAAACAGCCGGACGUCGGUUGGGUCCGAAGGAGGUAUCCUAGGAGGACCACAGUAGUCGUAGAAAUUGCGGUUUCCGAGUCUCUGGCUCGCUUGCGUCGGGAUGUGGACAUGUGGGUAGAUCCUGCGCGAGGGAACGUCAACAUCGCGUUGGCAAUGAAAAUCAAUCGAAGAAAGCCAGAGAUCAAACUCGAAAAAUACGAAUGGGAUACCAUCAAGCAGAAACCCUGCCGAACUCAGAACAUUCUCAUUCAAGAAACCGAUGGCCAAGUCAGAGUUUCCGGGUCCCCGCUCAUCAUCCCUUUUGAGCUUCUUAUCGGAAGAGCACCCUCAUCGCCAGUGGAAACCGACAUAGAAAUUGUCGAGGAAGCUCUAUGUGAAAUCGCUAGUAUUGUUUGGACAGGUCAGGGGUUCGAGUAA